AUGAGCGCGGCCGCCGUCGUCGUGGACAGCGGCUCGGGGCAGUGCAAGGCUGGCGUGGCAGGCGAGCGCGCGCCCCGCUCCGUCAUUCACACCGUGGUGGGAUACCCCAAGUCCAAGUUCGUUUGGAGAUUCCUGUAUAAACAYGAGCUCAGAAUGAAGCCCAGCGAGCAGCCGGCGCUGCUGACGGGGGCGCCGCUGAGCCCCGCGGCGCAGCGGGAGAGCCUGGCCGAGACCAUGUUCGAGGGCCUCGGCGUGCCCGCCCUCUUCGUGGCGCUGCCGGCGCUCACCGCCCUGUACGCGCGGGCCCGCACCACCGGCCUCGUGCUGGACAGCGGCGCCGGCGUCACCACCACCGUCCCCGUCUACGAGGGGCACUGCUUGGUACAGGGCAUCCGCAGGCUGGAUUUUGCGGGCAGAGACGUCACCGCCUACCUGGCCAGGCUCCUUCUGGAGGUCGGCCACUCCUUUGUCAGCUCGGCGGAGAGGGAGAUCGUGAGGGACAUGAAGGAGAAGCUGUGCUACGUGGCUUCGGAUCCCAGGCGGCAGGUGCGGGAAGAGCCGGCAGAGCUGGUGCGCGAGUACCUCCUUCCUGAUGGGAACGCGGUCAGGGCCGGGGAGCAGCUCUUCCGGGCGCCCGAGGCGUUGUUCGUGCCCGCGGAGGCCGGCCUCUCCGCGCCCGGCGUCGCAGGGAUGCUCCUGCAGAGCGUCGCCAAAUGCGCCGCGGGRCUCCAGCCACUCAUCCUCGGGCACGUGCUGCUAGCAGGCGGAUCCACUCUCUUCCCAGGUUUCAAGGAGAGGCUUCUGCAGGAGCUGAAGGCACAAAUUCCCCACGGCUGUCGUGUCAGGAUUGUUGCCCCCAGGGAUAGGAUGUGCUCCGCCUGGAUCGGGGCUUCCAUCCUUGCCAGCUUAACCGCCUUUAGAAAGAUGUGGGUCACCAGGGAGGACUAUAAUGAGGUUGGGCCAACAGUUAUCCAGAGAAAGUGCUUUUGA